AUGGAGCGUCUCGUUAUAAGCUCAUGCGCGCUACCCUGCAGUGCAGCCGCUGCGACUUCUUCGCCUCCUAUUCUUGCAUCAACUGUCAGCGACGGCACUGCUUCGCGAAACGCUCGCUCUGUAUCCGCCGUCCAUCGGCAGCAUUCCCUUCUACCACGUGUGCACGCCAACCAGACGGGAGGACGCCAUGUGGGUGAACUCCGCGUCCCCAAUGGACAGCUUGCCGCGGCUCGGUUCAUACCGUCUCUCCACUCCGGCUCCACCCGUCGUGUACACUGUAACGCGUCUGCUGGUAACGCGGACGGAACCGGGUCGAAUGAUGACAAAGGGGAGGGAAAGGGGGAAGAGGAGGCGGGGAAGGAGAGAGGGGGAAAUGGAGAACCUGAAAAGACGGAUAAGAGGUCGGACGAUGCUGUAUCUGGUGAGGGUAAGGACAAAGCCGCAGAUGUUACUAGCGGGUACGUCACUAGCGAGGAUGAAAGCGCGGACAUCGUGAGCAGCCUGGGGGAUUGGCGGGAGUUCCGCGCGCGUCUGAUCCGCGGGGAGGUCGGGGUUGCGGGGGAGGAGCCUGGCGCAUCUAAAGCAACGGACGAGACUGGGUGUGUGCUGCUGGCGCAUCCCAGGGCGUUCGGGGUGUCUCAGCAGUACUUCAACCGCGCUGUUAUCUUCCUGCUCAUGCACGGACCACAAGGCACUGCAGGCGUGAUUCUGAACAGGCCCUCACAAUACACGCUCGGGCAGCUUGCAGGCUUCGAGGAGCUCCUACCAGAAUUUUCGGCCUGCCCGUUAUAUCUGGGCGGCGAUGUCGGCUCAACGUCCACGCACUGCCUGCAUGGGGUGGCGGAUUUGGUGGGGGGGGAGGGGGGCGCGCGGGAGGUGUGUCCGGGGGUGUAUGUGGGGGGAUACUCGCGGAUCAAGGAGCAUGUGGGGAGUGGGAAGAGCAACAGCGUGGACUACCGAUGGUUUGCCAGAUAUGCUGGAUGGGCGCCAGGGCAGUUGGAACGAGAGGUAGCAGCAGGUGUGUGGUACUUGGGAGCAUGUUCACCAGACCUCAUUCUCCGGCAUUCCCUGAGAGAAACUGUUCCUGUAGAGAGCGCAGGUGACAGUGGCAAUAGCGAGAUUGACAGUAUCGAGGCCGCGGAGAGGGAUGUUCAGAGCAGCGAGACAGGCGGUGUGGGAGGGAGGAGAGACGGAGUGGUGGGUGUGAGUGGGAACACAGGGCUGUGGAGGGAGGUGAUGGAGUUGAUGGGGGGAGAGUACGCUCUUCUGUGUAAACAGGCAGAUGGUGAGCUGUAG